CCCCUGAAGACAGCGUAGCUCCAUCACGACCCUAACGCCACCUCAACUUUCUUUAUGUUCCUCCCGGAGGUUUAGUCCCUCGCUUACCAUCGCAAGAGAAUCAAGACGAGGAAACACGCCUAAGUAACUAAAAGAAAACUAAAAGAAGAGGCCAUGAAGUUGUCUUUAGUUCGCAGUGCUUGUGGGAGCCUUAGGAUCCAUCCAGCCCGUCCAGGAAGCAAAGUUAGCGUGUUGUCGCGGAGAUGCCCACCGGUUGGUCCUGCCAACAGCCGGCUGAUUCUCCGGACGGCUAGCGCUACUUCCAGUGGCGGUGCCAGCACGAAAAUAGCCGUCGACUUUGGGAAACAGUCCCAGAAGGAUGAGGGGUUUGAAUGCGACAGUUCUUUGAGGGAAAUUGUUCAGAGCGCCAAGGAGGAAAUGGCAGCUCUGCACAGAAGAAAUCCAGCAUUACAACCAAUGUUAGCCAUUAUACAGGUGGGUGAAGACGACAGCUUAUUGGCGAUCAAUAAGAAAAUGGCUGGAAGGAUUGGCUUAAACAUCACUCAGAUUUGUCUGGCAAAAGAGUGCAGUGAAGAUGAAAUUGUUGAGGAGCUGUUGAAGCUGAAUGAAGACCCCAGGGUGCACGGCGUGUAUCUCCACCUCCCCCCUGCUUCCCUCACUAGUCGAGUGCUGAACACACUCAAACCUGAGAAGGAUGUAAACGGGGUAUCAGAUCUCAAUAUGGGCCGUCUGGUACGAGGAGAUCUGAGCAAAGGUUUUGUGCCGCCCGUCGCCAGCGCUGUCCUGGAUCUCUUGGAGAACCAUGAUGCUCCUUUGGAAGGGAAAAAUGCGCUGUUGGUUGGAGAAGACGCACCCCUUGGUGUGGCCGUGCAGUGCCUGAUUGAAAGAAGUGGAAUGGUGGCUCUCAGGAGUCACUGGCGGUCCAAGAGUUUACAGACACAGGUGAUGCAGGCUGAUGCUGUGGUCCUGUUGGGGGCAGGGAAAAUGGAUGUCCCACCUACUUGGGUUAGACCAGGGGCUGCUGUCAUCCGCUGUGAGCCCACCCUGGAGACAGAUGAACCUACCAUUGAGAUGUCCUCAAAGUCUGGAUUCAGAUACCUCACAGCAGCCUACAGAUCACAGAAUGUGGUACGUAGUUGUAGACGGUGGCUCCAGGAGCAGCAGUACCGACCCUGGCAUCUGCGCAGCCUCAAAUUGCAGCCCCUGACCCCUGUACCAAGUGACAUAGAGAUUUCCCGAGCCCAGACACCUAAGCCAGUGGACCAGCUGGCAGAGGAGAUCGGUUUGCUGCCAGAAGAGCUUGAAGCCUAUGGCAGGAGCAAAGCUAAGGUCCGACUCUCCCUGUUAGACCGCCUCCACGCACAGCCUGAUGGGAAAUAUGUGCUGGUUGCUGGAAUAACACCCACCCCGCUGGGCGAGGGUAAAAGCACGGUGACCAUUGGCCUGGUUCAGGCCCUGUCUGCCCACCUUAAGCUCAACUCCUUUGCCUGUCUCCGACAGCCUUCCCAGGGACCCACCUUUGGGGUUAAAGGGGGAGCUGCAGGAGGGGGAUAUGCCCAGGUCAUCCCCAUGGAGGAGUUCAACCUCCAUCUGACUGGUGACAUUCAUGCCAUCACAGCAGCCAAUAACCUGGUGGCGGCAGCCAUCGAUGCCAGGAUGCUCCACGAGGCGACGCAAUCAGACAAGGCCCUGUUCAGUAGACUGGUCCCCUCAGUGAAUGGAGUCAGAAGAUUUUCACCCAUCCAAAUCUCCAGGCUACAUCGUCUAGGGAUCAAUAAAACAGACCCAGCAUCUCUCACACCCAAGGAAAUCAGCACCUUUGUGCGUCUUGACCUUGACCCUUCCAAGAUCACCUGGCAGAGAGUUCUUGACACAAAUGACCGUUUCUUGAGGAAGAUCACAGUAGGACAGGCAAGCACAGAAAAAGGACAGAUCCGAGAGACGGGGUUUGACAUUGCAGUGGCCAGCGAGAUCAUGGCCAUCCUGGCUCUGGCAGACAGCCUGGAAGACAUGAAAAACAGACUGGCGCGCAUGGUGGUGGGGACCAGCCGCUCUGGAGAGCCCGUCACCGCAGAGGACCUGGGUGUGAGCGGAGCUCUGGCAGUGUUAAUGAAAGAUGCCAUCAAGCCCACGUUGAUGCAGACCCUCGAGGGUACACCAGUGUUUGUCCAUGCUGGGCCCUUCGCCAAUAUCGCCCAUGGCAACUCCUCGGUGCUAGCAGACAAGCUGGCUUUGAAACUGGUCGGACGGGACGGCUUUGUGGUGACGGAAGCUGGUUUUGGAGCGGACAUCGGGAUGGAGAAGUUCUUCAACAUCAAAUGUCGCGCUUCAGGACUGCAGCCAAAUGUGGUGGUUCUGGUUGCAACCAUCAGAGCACUGAAAAUGCAUGGCGGUGGCCCAAAUGUGUCAGCAGGCGCACCUCUACCCAGAGAGUACAUUGAUGAGAAUCUGAGUCUUGUUGCAGGUGGUUGCCACAGCAAUCUCAGGAAGCAGAUCCAGAUAGCACACCUGUUUGGAGUGCCGGUCGUGGUCGCGCUCAAUGUCUUCAAGACCGACACUCAGGCAGAGAUUGACCUUGUGUGUCAGCUGGCAAAAGAGUGCGGAGCAUCUGAUGCUGUGCCGUGUCACCACUGGGCGCAGGGCGGGCGAGGUUCCCUUGAGCUGGCCCAAGCUGUGAAUGAGGCUGCCAGCAGACCAAGCAACUUCCAGUUCCUGUACAAUAAAGAGAUGCCGAUAGUGGAGAAGAUCAGAACAAUCGCCAAAAAAGUGUACGGCGCGGAUGACAUCAAGCUGUCUCCAGAGGCUGAGGCCAAGAUAGAUUACUACAGUCAACAGGGCUACGGAACCUUGCCCAUUUGCAUGGCCAAGACACACCUGUCUCUGUCCCACAUGCCUGACAAGAAGGGGACACCCACUGGAUUUGUUUUGCCAAUCAGAGAUGUUCGUGCCAGCAUCGGUGCUGGCUUCAUCUACCCACUUGUGGGAACGAUGAGCACCAUGCCAGGUCUGCCAACCCGACCCUGUUUCUACGACAUUGACCUUGACCCGGUCACAGAGGAGAUCACCGGGCUGUUCUGAUCGUGCUGCUGAUUUAGAGGUAUCCAUCAAGGAUCCCUUCAGCUCCAUGCGGGCACAAUCAGACUCAUCCAUCCCUUCGACCUUCGCCUUCUUCGCCUUGUUCGUCUUCCGAGCAGCCCAAACACUGCUCGUAUCACAGUAACACGUUCACUAUAACAUUAACUUCUUGCUGUAUUUGCACAUCUGUGUGAUAUAUACCAAAGAUGACCUCCUACAGCCAUAUCACGUUUACUGUAUGUGCUGUGUGUGUGUUGUUUACCUCUCUGUACGAUGUUUUCUGAGUAUGGAAGAGUCGGUUUCAGUUUUAACAUGACCAUCUUGAAUAUUACUUUAAUGUUCAGAUUUCCUGUAUUUGUGGGGGAAAGUUUGCCUAAAUGUUUUAUCAUGGUGCUGCAAUGAUAUAUAUGUCUUAAUCUUUAUAACUGAAAGUGGCGCAGCUUGUGUAAUAAUAAACUAAAUAGCUGUCAAACGCACAAAAAGCCAUGAUGGCAUUGAUUAUAAGCUCUCGUGUUCUAACCUGCUGUUCAAGUGUUACAUUUUAUAUGAUCAGAAUGGUUGAAAUUAAUUUUAAUAUUUUCUUUCAAUCUGAAUGCAUAUCCUCGUCAGUUUGGUUACUUCAAUGGCCAAAACAAUGUCUCAUUACAUGUAUGGUAUAAUCCAGAGAGCUGAAUGUAACACUGCUGUCACAAUGUCAGCCGGACAAAAGUUACAAUCUUGAUUUUCAUCCAGUGCCUGUGUCUUGGUGGGGUGACUGAUCACAGUGAAAUCACACGUUACUGAAGUGGAUGUUAAAGGAACAGUUAGCCUAAAAGUGAAAAUUGAGUCAUUUCCUACUCACCGACACGUCGACAGAAAGACAAAUAAAGUUUUGUAGUCCACAGAACAUUUCUAAAUCUUCACAGCAGGACAGUUUUGCAGCAUUUCCUAAACAUCUGAAGUAGAUGGGGACUUUUAUAACGUAAAAGAAAACACAUGGUUCCAAACAGCUGGUCCAGCAAAAUCUUGGGAAUCCCCAAGAUCCAAAGUUGAUUCAAGAAAGACAUUAUUUCCACUUUUGACACAUGGUUGAUUUUAGUGUAACCACAUCAGACAUGAUGCGUACUAAUGCUUUUAAUGCAGCCGCUACAGUGAAUUUUGGCUUUAAAGAAAUGAUGUCUUUUCAAUUAUGAGAUCUUGGGGCUUCCGGAUGCUUGGAUUAAGCCAGAUGAACCAUCGGCAUCUGGGUGAGUAGAUAAAUGAUUGAGUUGACAUUUUUAGGUGAACUGAAGUUUUAUUGUAAAACAAACUUUACGUGAGUGUCGAAAUGACAGAUUUGCUCUGGAAAAAAAAAUGUAAUGUUCUCGUUAACAACGGCUGAAUGUGUAAUAUGUUGGUCCUCAGAAGUCAAAAGUUAUGUGCCUUUUACAAAUAAACCUUUUAUUUACUCCAGGA